AUGAGACACAUUUUCACCUGCCUUUGGCCGCUCCUCAUCGCCAUGGGCGCCUUCAUAACCUUCACGCCUCCUCCAGUCGUUGCGAUGCCGCCUGAUGUUGUUGCAAGCACUACUUCCGAAAAGCCCGUCCUUGUAAAUGAAGCCCUCGACAUCGACUUCUGGGAACGCGCGGCACAGCUCGGCAACCUUGCACGAAAAUACGCCGAAUCGCGCAUAAGUGAAGUUCAAUCUACGUAUCCUCAUUAUAUCGAAGAGGUGGGGACCAUCAAGGAUGGCAUUUCGCAAAUGGUCUCUUGUGCAACUGGAUUCAAAGCCCUCAUAAAGCAAACAAGCCUACACACGGCGAGGGAUACCAGCAACAGCGAGACAGUGUCUGACGAUAUCUCCAGUGAAGCCCUCGUGGAUGACAUCGUUGACAAAGUAGACAAGAUCCUCGCGGAGCUUCUCGAGGAGCUUUCAGCGGCGUUCCCACCUCCAGAUCAUGCGACACACCACGCCGAAAGAGAAAUCCAGGUCAGCAAGAUUCUAGGGGACAUCACCGAGCAGCAUCCAGACCUGGUGGAGAUCCUCCUGAUCACUGCGGUAUUUAUGAUCAUUCCAGAGGGGUGGAUUCUGCGCCCUGUUGCUCGGCUGUUCGGUAUUGGCCCUUAUGGGCCGGUGAAAGGCUCGACCGCUGCAUGGGCCCAGCGGACGUUCUACGGAGCGGAAGUGAAGGCCGGAAGUUGUGGCUCGGAAGACUGGGAUGUUUAUUCUGGAAAUGUAGCUGAAGGGCCGGAGCCUUCAUCAAUGAUUGAGCCUCUCUGUGCAUCUCGUGUUGAAUCACGCAAUACGUCGCUGAAGUCCUAG